AGAGAGAGAGAGAGAGAGAGAGAGAGAGAGAGAAAGAGAGAGAACAGAAAGAGCCAAGCAAGCACAAGAGAAAAACAUUGGCAAGUACGUGUGAGAGAGGAGAGGAAAGACAGAAAGCAAGAGAGAGAGAGAGGGAGGGAGAGUAAGACAGAAGGAAUGUUCAUCUGUGCUUGCAGUUGUUUUGUUUUGUGUGUGCUGCUCAUGAGCAAGUCGGGUGUGUGUAUGUGUGUGUGUAUAUGUGUGUUUGUGUCUGAGAGACAGAAUCUGCAGUGUUUGUGUGCCCUGUCCUGUCCAGCUAAAAACCAGACUACUGGCUACACAGUCGGGAAGAGAACUGGAGCAGACUGGAGUUUUCCUGACAACACACUGAUGAAGCCGUGAAGUCACACAGAGGAAUUUUUUCGUCUGCCGGCACCCCUCCCACCCACUCGCAUUGCUUUCGUCUUUCCUCCCUCCCGCUCUCUCUCUCUCUCUUUUUCUUUCUUCCCCUUCCCUGUCUCUCCUUUCCCUCUCAGUCUCUCUAUCUGCACUCAACACUCCACUAUCAACUUUCCCACUCUUUCCUUCACUCUAGACUUAACACGCAAUUGAUCCUUUCCCACCUUUCUCAACUCUGUCUCGGUAUCUCUGUUUUCUGGGACUGCUGCUGUCUGCAACAUCUGGGGCUGCAAGUCACUUCCUCUGUUUUUGCAUGUUGUUGAUUUUCUUUUUUUUUUGGAGAGGCAAACGGUCAGCAGUGGCCGUGGCCAUGGGAUGCCUCACCAUGACGACACUCUGACAACAGGAAGUACAUCAUCAUCACACUGAGGUUGGAGGAGGUGGUGCUGGUGGUGGUGGCGGUGGUGGUGCUGGUGGGGAGCGUUGUGACUUGACUGGAGGACAGUGGAGCGGCAAGAACUGAGGAAGGAGUGGGUUGGACUGGAGUGCCGGUGUCGUGGAGUGGACUGUCUGUUACCUGCGCUGCACGCCGAACACCUGGAAUGGAGCGGAGAGGACUGGAGUAAUAGUGGCCUGACUUGGAUUGAAGUAUAGCGGAGAGGAGUGGAGUAUAUUGGAGAGAACAGGACCGGACCACAGUGGACUGGAGAUUAGAGUGGACUGAAGUGCAGUGGGCUGUCCGCGUCCAGCGUUGAAAGCUGACAACCUCCCCACAGCCACGCUGCCAUCAUCGCCACAGGAGGGGGUGGGGGCACCCGGUCAUUCUUGGAAGAGCAUCUUUGAACUACAGGAAUCAGCUGGACCCGUGGCAGAGGAGUCGAGUGCAGUGUUUGUGUGUGUGUGUGCGUGUGUGUGUGUGUGUGUGCGUGUGUGUGUGUGUGUGUAUGCGUGCAUGUGUAGGGGGGGAGAGGCGGGUUUUCCCUUUUUUUGUGCCGAAGGCCAAGCGACUGGAAAAACGUUUGAAUUCUGUGGUUUUUGUUCCCUGCUCCACCACUACCACCACCACCCUGCUCCGCUCUACUCCACUCCUCUCUGCUCCUGCUCUGAGCCACUGGAGUCCACAACCGGAGCCACUAGAAGUCUGGAACUGGAGACGCUGGAGUCCAUAACCAAACCACUGGAGUGUAAAGAACCAGUAUUUGCUGGACUCUAGAAAACAGAAACACUGGAGUGUACAACCAGAACUCCUUGAUUCUGGAAUCAGAACCAUUGGAGUAAAACCGGAACUGCUGGAGUCUAGAAUCAGAAUAAUUGGAGUGUAGAACCAGAGAACCAGAGAACUGGAGCCCCUUUGGAAUGUAGAACCCAAACUGUGAGAGUCUAGAAUGGAGCCCUUGGAGUGUAGAAUGACAGCGACUGGAGUCUGGAAUCGGAGCUGCUGAAGUCCAGAAACUGAGCUGUUGUUGCUGCUGCUUCUGCUGUCGGCUGUGGUGUCUCUCAGUUCCUCUUCUCCUCUUUACCACUUUGCAUUUUCCUCGGGGGGUGUCAGGGGAGCGACAAUAACUGCUUUUGUACGUCUGCCUGUGUGUGUGUGUGUGUGUGUGUGUGUGUGUCUGUGUGUGCGCACACAUGUGUAUCUAUCUAUCUGUGUGUCUGUGUGUAUGCAUGAGUGUGUGUGUGUGUAAUGUGUGAGGGUUGAGGCCCUCUAUUUCACCGGGGAGUGUUACGUUGUCACUUUUGGCCUCCCCUCAAAAUGAACUGCUGCCGGGGACAGCAACGGAGGGUCACAUCCGCUGGCCUCUGCGUGUGUCCGGGAUCCCACAGGAGCUGAGAAGGGGGGGCGCCGGCGCCGGCUCAUCUCCCCUAUCCAGACCUCUCUGUCUCUGGGUCAGACGGCCGAGCACAAGCCCCUUAUACUCCUAUCCCCACCGCUGGAUCUUUUGCAGCCCUGUUGUCCAUGCAAAUAAAUGCACAGCGCUGCAUACUUUGUACUGUGCGUGGGGAGAGAGAGAAAGAGAGCAAGAGUAAGAGAGAGACACACACAGAGCAAGACUGUAUACUACUUACAGGAUCCAAGACUUGCAAGCCAAAGUUUCAUUGACUUUUCAGUGGCUCAUAGCUGUGUUUGUCUGUUUUUGUUGAAGUUGCGGUGAGGACCAGCAGCUCGAUCAUCUACUAACAACCUUCCACUCACACACACACACACACACACACGUAGGUCACAGGUGUGCCUGUGUGCAUGUGGUGGACAGCUAGACCAUGAGACAGCAAGGGCCACGAGCGACACACAAACACACGCACACACACAUGCUCGUUCUGGCACACUUCAGUUGGACUGUACUGCUGGACUGUGAGAGGUCAGCCCAGCCCAUCCAGAGGGACAACGCAACAACAAGCCUCAGUGUGUAGUGGUACACGUGCAGCGCAGGUGAGGAGUUGCUAUGGCGACAGCGGCGUGGUACCACCGGGACAUCAGCCGGGUGCUGGCGGAGGACUUGCUGGCCCGGGCGGGGCGGGACGGGAGCUUUCUGGUGCGGGACAGCGAGUCCGUGCCGGGAGCCUACGCCCUGUGCCUACUGUUCCAGAGACAUGUCCACACCUACCGCAUCCUCCCCGACUCAGAUGGCCUACUGGCAGUGCAGACGACGCAGGGGGUCCAGGUGAACUGCUUCCGUACCCUGAGUGACCUGGUGUUGGGGUACCAGCACCCCCAUAAGGGCCUGGUGACGCCCCUCCUCUACCCCGUGGGACCCGACCUGGAGCAGGGGGAGGAGAGCUCAGACGGUGAAGAUGAGAGGCCAGUGGCAGCGUGCUGGAGCCCCAGAGGCACAUCUCCUCCUCCUGCUGCUCCUCCCCCUCCUGCUCCUGCUCCUGCUCCUGCUCCUGCUCCUGUGGUGGCCUCCUCCGCGCCGCCCUCCGCUGCUCCUCCUCCAGUACCACCUCCUCCCCCGGCCGCUCCCACCCCACAGCAGCUGCUCAUCCACAGGCUGCAGGACCUCACCACACCCAGUGUGGCGUCGGAGGUGGUAUCGCUGCUGGGGGAGUAUCUGCAUGGGGAUCUGGGCCAGGACUUGGAGAGCCUGAAGAGGGGAGGCAGCAGCCUACAGCACCUCCAGAGGACACUCAACACCGUCUGCCACGGCCUCAGCAGUGAGAUUGAUCACACCUUGUCCAGUCUGGAGACUUUGGCCAAAGUGUUUGACCAUCCCAGCUGCCCUCUGUCCUGCCCUCGACCCCCGAAUGCUGGGAAGACGCCGGAUAUGAAUUUAGAGAAUCUGCUCUUCCGGAUCUCUGCUCUUUGCAACCUGCUCUCUACUCUGGAGAAGAGGGUGCUGAAGGCUCUGCAAGAUGCGGUGGUCAACCACAAUCUAGCAGUGCAGCCUGCCCCUGCUCUGGCCCCUGCUCCCACACCUGCCCCAACCCCUACCCUUACCCCUACUCCUGCCCCCACUCACGCAACUGCCCCUGCCCCUGCCCCUGUUCAUACAACUGCUCCAACACCUGUCUCUGCACCUGAGGCUACUCCACCCCCUAUGAAGAACCACACCCCUCCCACACCAGUGCACGGAUUUCAGGUGAAGCUGGUGCGGUAUGGCAGGAUGGUGGUGUCUGUGGAUCUGGAUACAGGAGUGCUGCUCUUCGACAGGAGGUCAGCUUCCAUUGGAGUGGAGACAGUCACCCAGGACAGAAUUUUGCAGAUAAUCAAGUUCCAGAGCAGUCCAGCGAAGCUGAGGAUGGUGGUGGACAGUCACCACAACACACCACGGGAACUACUGUUUGAGAGCACGAAGAAGCGAGAAGCCUUCUGUCAGCUGCUUCAGCUGAUGAAGACACGGCACUCCAAGCAGACUGAGCCUGACGUUAUCUCUGUGUUCGUGGGCACCUGGAACAUGGGAGGUUCUCCUCCUCCGCGCGGUCUUCAGUCGUGGGUGUCGUGCUGUGGUCUGGGCCGCACCCCUGACGAGUCGGUGGCCCUGCUGCCCCAUGACGUGUACGCGGUGGGGACCCAGGAGAACCCCCAGGGGGAGAGGGAGUGGGCCGAGCACGUCAGGGCCUCCCUCAGGGCCGCCACCAGCAUCGAAUACAGACAGGUGGCAGUGCAGUCCCUGUGGAACAUCCGCUUGGCUGUGUUUGUGAGACCGGAACACGAGAGCCGCAUCAGCCAAGUGAACUCAGCCAGUGUGAAAACAGGCCUUGGGAACGCACUGGGAAGUAAAGGGGCGGUGGGAAUCUCUUUCCUCUUCAGUGGAACAUCCUUUGGCUUCGUCAACUGCCACCUGACCUCGGGCAGCGAGAAGACCCUCAGGAGGAACCAGAACUUCCUGGAUGUGCUGAGGCUCCUGUCGCUAGGAGACCGCCAACUCAGUGCCUUCGACAUCAGCCUGCGCUUCACUCACCUCUUCUGGUGCGGGGACCUCAACUACAGACUGGACCUAGAUGUGCAGGACAUCCUGAAGCAUGUGUCCAAGAGGGAGUUCGACGAGCUCAUGUGCGCUGACCAGCUGACGCGCGAACGCCACAGGAGGAAAGCCUUCUUCAACUUCAAGGAGGAGAAGAUCUCGUUUCCCCCCACCUAUCGCUAUGAGCGUGGCUCCAGAGACUGUUACCUGUGGCAGAAGUACAAGACCAGUGGGGUGCGCAUUAAUGUUCCGUCCUGGUGUGACAGAGUUCUGUGGAAGUCCUACCCCGACACUCACAUCGUGUGUAACUCAUAUGGCUGCACCGAUGACAUCUUCACCAGUGACCACUCUCCUGUAUUCGCUACAUUCCAAGUGGGCCUGACAUCACCGUUCGUCAGAGCAGAUGGUGGUGCCAGUCUGGAGAAGGCCUGGAUAGAGAUGGAGAGUGUGGAGGCCAUCGUGAAGACAUCCAGCAAGGCUAAGUUCUUCAUCGAGUUUCACUCGCUCUGUUUGGAAGAAGUCCGUCGCUCAAGUGAGAAUGACUCACAUGGCUGUGAUGUUCCUGGGUUCCUCAAACUGGGCUGGCUGUCAAAGCAGCUUCCCAAGCUUCAACCCAUCUCCUCAGAUAUGGAGUAUCUCCGGGACCAGCACCUGCUCCUGUCAAUCAAAUCGUGUGAUAGUUUUGAGUCAUAUGGUGAGUGCUGUGUUGCUCUGCGCUCCCUCAUCGGCACAGUGGCGGAGCCCUUCGAGACCUUCCUGACCCACAGGGGCGAGGAGCUGGGCUCCAUACGGGGCCGGGUCAGGGUCCAUGUCCCACUGGACCGGCGACAGGCCCGGGAGCGGAUCUACGAGUGGUUCUGUGUGGAGAAAGAUGAGAAGGUUCUUGCGAGGGGCCGUCUAUCCCCCCAACCAGCCCGUGGACCCCAGACUCGGGCCUCGGCACCUCCCAGGACGUCUCCUGCGGUGGCUCCCAACAGCUACACCAACCCGGCCUACUUCAUGUUUGAGGGAGUGCCUGUGUUCCGUCGAAAGGAUGAGGACGCCGCUAACGCUAACAUUGCUAACGUCCGUAGAGAUGGCCAGGCGGUCUGGUCCCGAGAGCCGGCAGGCAUGCCGCUCCCCAGAGUCACAGGGGGUCCCGGGGACCGGAAGACUCCUCCGCGACGCUCAGACUUCACCGAAAUCGAGAUUCCUGGUUGCCUUCCCCCGUACUUGUCGUCCGCUUGUGAUCGUCCGUCCUCCCAAUCCUCCUCCUCCUCAGCUCCGCAUCAAGGGACGUCUUCUUACCAGCUGUUUCCAGCCAAGCAGCCUCCCCCCUCCCCCCUGCCGAGCCCCAGCCCAAGCCCCAACAGCGGCGUGCUACAGUCCAAAGCAGACUACCACCUGCAGUCGCGGGUCAUAAAGGCCAGCGUGGCGGUUCCGGAAUCCUCCAUUCCUGUGAAGAACCUGCGGAACAUGUACAUGAAUCAUUCCGCCAUCGCCCGGGAAAUGCAGAGGCCCCAGAAAGAGCCAAUCAGAAAGGACCACCGUCCCAGAAUGCAUCAGGAGAGUAGGGUGCCCCCUGGCCUGUCGGGCGUGCCCCGCAACGGGCCCCCGCCACAGCUGUAUCCUUACGUCUCCACCAGGGUGCCCCGCCACUGUGAGGCCUCCUGGAUAGUGGAGCAGCCGUCACCAAAACAACUGUCACCACAGCAACCGCCAUCGCCACAACGACAACAAAAACAACAGGCCCCUCCCUCCUUCUCGUUGGGAGACCACUCUCUUACCGCCUUGCAGAUCGCCAAGUCUCUGAGCGAGGUGGACUUCCUGCCCGAGGUCAAGUGUCGGCCUGGACCCAGCCCCAACCACCGGCCACAGAAGCAGAUGAGGAGCCAAGGGUACAGCGCGGUGCAGUGUAGUCCCCACGAGGGCAACUACGGCUGGGAGAAAGAGGUUUCUGUCCUACACGGAGCCCCAGAGACCGUUCAAGACCUGCUAAGCACAUUGGGCCUGCAACGCUACACACUUGGGCUAAGUCUCAAUGGCUGGGAUGACUUGGACUAUUUCAGGGGAAUCACUGAGGAGGAUCUGCACGCUGCUGGUGUUUCCAACCCCGUCCAUCGCCGUAGGAUCCUGGAGAACCUACCCAAGAUCUGGGACUGAGCUGUGCUUUUAGCCUUGCCGGUGGAACAUGCCAUGCCAGCUCUGCAUGGAACUAACCAGCCAUGCUUGUGCUACAGACGCCAGCUAGCACAACUGGCUCUGGAACUACCCUCCUUAUUAUCCACAAGUUACAUGGUGCUGCAAUGCUAGCAUCGAAACUCUCAUCGGAUUUCCAGUUGUGCAGUAGAGUCCAUAGACUUCCGUGGCGACCAUUUACUGGAACUAGCACACAAGGAAUGACGUGAGAGUAUGGAGUUAUAUGAGUUGAGCAGGACUUAAUACGGUGGAUAGCCUUGCUUGUAUAACAGAUGGCACCUUGCACAGCUCGGAGUGUAACUAGCCAUGUCAGCAUACGGGAUGCACAGCUGGGCAUGAAACGAUAGGAAACCUUCAUAUGGCCUCCUUCCCUCAUACACCAAGAUGUGCCACUGUCUGAGCCUGGAUAUGUCCUGGAUUUUUAGCUCACGUGGCAGCAUGGCUGUGAAUUCGAGGUUUCAUUUGGAGAUUUCGCCUAGCAUGCACUGCCAAGAGGAAGUGGUAAGACAGAGAAACAACACGGUCUGAGUCGGGACGGCAUAAGACAACUCUAUUAAAGAGUUUGGUUGCCUUGGACAAUUUCUUUUGCAGCAAAACAGCGAGAGCGACAUGGUGCGCUAAAUGGGAGAACUACAAACAAUGACAUUGAGCUUUAUCCCUCUAUAGGUACACUACAAGUCCACAUGGACCACAAACAUUAUCAAUUUGUGUCCGUCUACACUCCAGGAUAGAAGUCCGUUCAAUUAUCUGUCGAGGAUCACUGCCUUGUGUCGUGCGUGGGAUUCCUGUAAUUUGUCACACCUGUGAGUGUUUGCUUGUGUCUCAUCAGUAUGACAUACUCCCAUGUCCUGUCUGUAUCCUGGCGCCUUCAGUCAACAACAUGGAGUCGCAGUGUCAAACGAGGCCAACCCCUGGUCACAUGUUCGGAGACUGUAAAACUGCCCCGAGUGGUCGUCUUGUGGCACA